UAUAAAUAGACUUCUCCGAAAGGCUUGGGGCUGUGCCAGGUGCAGCAGGUGCCCCCCAGGCCUGGCUAGAGGCCACCAGGCAAGGGGGAGGAGCCCGGGUGGGGGAAACAAGGAUGCUAAGGACCCACACUUGGAGCCCGGCAGCAUGGUGGGCUCUGUGUCCUGGCUGCAGCAUCACAGAGCUUGAUGGGAUCUUUCACUAAGAGACCCCUUUUACAGAUAAGGAAACAGGCUGGCGUGGCAGCAGCAGCCUGUCUCAGAGCUUCUGUCUCCCAGAGAGAUGGGGUCAGGAUGAGCAAGGUCUCUGGGGGUCAGCGAAACUGAACUCCAACAGUGAUUCUUCUGCUUCCUGGCUGUGUGACUUGGACGUGGCCUGCUGCUGAUCAGCCUGGGAUUUAUGGAGAGGGCCUCGGGGGCCAGCUCUGAAUACUGCCGUGCCCAACAUCGCCACUGUGCCCACUGCUGAGGAGGCCCCCGUGCCUCUGGCCCUCACCAUUGCGCUCGCCCACCGAUGUUCUCUGCUGCCUGGCCCCAGGCCGGCUCUGCCGCCUGAGCCCCCUGCCCUGCUCCAGGACUUACUGUACCCCGAUGGGGUAACGUGACAUGCGUUAGAGGCCGCCUGUCCGCCACGGCCGCCACCUGUGACCCCUACCCCAAGGCCACCAGUGUUGGUUCUGUUCAAGUUCAUUUUUCCUUUGGUCCUUGGGGAUUUGGAGCCCAACUUUGAACAAAGGGGGCUGUUGACCUGCCUACCAAUGCAGAGAGAGCGUCCCCAGCGGUGGGCACAGCGCUGGACACUGCUGCGGCGGCGGGUUCACUUUCAGCUUUUAGGUUUUCUUUGCUGAGUUUUUUUGGUGGUGGUUAUUUUUAUUUUUGCCCCCUUAUAGUUCUUCAGCUCUGAGAGACAGGAGCUUGACGUGGCCCGUUUUUACUUUGGAGGGCUCUUUUGCUCCUUUCCUUUUUUAAAGAGUUGGGUUUUCUUUACUAAUUAUCCACACACCAGGCAGCUUCUCCCCCCCCCUCAAGUAUUUGCACAAUAUUUGUGCGGGGUGUGGGGGGCGGGUUUUUAAAAAAUCUUUUCUCUCUCUUGGACAUACACAGGGGUCUCGUGCUCCUCAGUUUUUCGGGGGCUGGUGGGGGCUUGUGUGGUCCAUUUCCCUAGCCCUCUCUGCAGCCCCUCCCUGGCCCGGCCCCUGCCCCGUCCCCAGGAGGAGCCAUGGCGCGGAUGAACCGCCCGGCCCCGGUGGAGGUGAGCUACAAGAACAUGCGCUUCCUCAUCACGCACAACCCCACCAAUGCCACCCUCAGCAGCUUCAUCGAGGACCUGAAGAAAUACGGAGCCACCACCGUGGUGCGUGUGUGCGAAGUGACAUAUGACAAGGCCCCGCUGGAGAAGGAUGGCAUCACUGUCGUGGACUGGCCGUUUGACGAUGGGGCGCCCCCGCCCGGGAAGGUGGUGGAGGACUGGCUGAGCCUGCUGAAAGCCAAGUUCUGUGAGGACCCCGGCAGCUGUGUGGCGGUGCACUGUGUGGCGGGCCUGGGACGGGCUCCGGUCCUCGUGGCACUGGCCCUCAUUGAGAGCGGGAUGAAGUAUGAGGACGCCAUCCAGUUCAUCCGACAGAAGCGUCGUGGAGCCAUCAACAGCAAACAGCUCACCUACCUGGAAAAAUACCGGCCUAAACAGAGACUGCGGUUCAAGGACCCCCACACGCACAAGACCAAAUGCUGUGUCAUGUAGCUCAGGAUCUCGGCCAGGCCUGGGCCCACGGUGGCCUGGCCACCCACCCCACCCAGCAGGAGCUCCGUGCCUGGGCUGGCCUCCGUCUCUGGCACUUGUGUCCAAGGAGCCCGCCCAGCCCUGGUGCCAUCUGUUCCCUGCCUCUCUGGACCUGUCUCUGUUUCUCCCGCUGUCUCUCUGAGGCUAGUUGGGGGCCCCCUUCCCUGGACCUCCUGCCACCGCCCUCUGACACCACCCCCAGGCAGGUCUCCUCUCUGGCUUGUUUAUUGUGGGGCCGGAGUGUAAUUUUUUAAUUGCUGGGCCCAGUCCUUCCUCUGCGGCCCGUGACCUUGGCUUGUUUUUGGAACCUUAAAUUAUCGGAUUCGGGGCAGGCAGAUGUUCCGUGCACUCGAAGGCAAUAAAGCAGGAGCCGUA